AUGAAGCGUGCCUUGCGUAUUAAGAACAAGUUGGGUUUCAUCGAUGGCAACACUUUUGAGCCAACUAAUCCUGAUAGUCCCUUGAUGGAUCAUUGGCUUCGUUGCAAUGACAUUGUUAUUACUUGGCUGCAUAACUCCAUGUCGGUUGACAUCAAAUGCAGCACCCUGUAUGCAGAAACGACACACCAGUUGUGGGUUGAGCUCGAGCAUCAUCUAGCACAGCAAAAUGCCCCAAGGAUUUAUGAAAUCAAACAAGGGAUAGCUGCCUUGAUGCGGCAACAAGAUUCGGUGAGUUGUUACUUCUCCAAGCUGAAAACACUUCUCGAUGAACUGAUGAACUAUGAAUUCAUCCCUAGCUGUAGUUGUGGUGGCUUGAAAGCAGUGAUCGAAAAUCAACAAAGGGACUAG